CGUACUUCCUGUCCCGGUAGCGGCGGGGGACGCGCUCGCCCGGAGGCCGCGAUGGGGGGGGGAGACCUGAACCUGAAGAAGAGCUGGCACCCGCAGACGCUGCGCAAUGUGGAGAAGGUGUGGAAGGCGGAGCAGAAGCACGAGGCCGAGAGGAGGAAGAUCGAGGAGCUGCAGCGGGAGCUGCAGGAGGAGCGGGCACGGGAGGAGAUGCAGCGCUACGCCGAGGACAUGGGCACCGUGCGGAAGCGGGAGGAGAAGCUGGAGUGGAUGUACCAGGGCCCCGGGGGCAUGGUGAACAGGGACGAGUACCUGCUGGGGCGCCCCGUGGACAAGUUCAUCCUGGACAAGGUUGGGGACAGGGACCCCGCUGGCUCCGGGGACACGGGGCUGCUGCCCGGCUCCAUCUUCGCCAGGGCCGGGGCCAGCUCCGUGCUGGACAUGGCCACCAAGAUCCGCGAGGACCCGCUCUUCAUGAUCAGGAAGAGGGAGGAGGAAAAGAAAAGAGAAGUUUUGAACAAUCCAGUGAAAAUGAAGAAAAUCAAAGCCUUGCUGCAGAACAGUUUGGAUAAAAAGGAGAGGAAGAGGAAGAAGGAGAAGAAGAAGAAGCACAAGAAGCACCGGCGGCGCAGCUCCAGCACCUCCAGCUCCAGCUCUGAGGAGGAGAGGGCCAGAAAUAAGUCUCAGAAGAGGGUGGAUAGUUCCUCCUGGAAGGCUGCUCCUUCCAAAAUCCCGGGAUAUGGCUUACAGGUGAGGGACGCCGAGGCGGGGCCGCGCUCCCGGGGCUCCCCGGGCCAGGCCAGGCCCCCCCGGGAGCGCUCCCGGAGCCCGUCCCGCUCUCCCCAGAGACAUUCCAGCAGGAGGAACCCCCAGAGGAGCUCAGCAUCUCCCUCCAGGCACAGCAAACAGCACAGCAGCCGGGAGGAGAAGGGCAGAGCCAGGAGCCCUUCCCCCAAAAAGAGCGUCCGGCGCCAGCACCCCCCGGGCUACACCAGGAAGAUCUCUCCUGAGGAGCUGGAGCGAAAACGCCAGGAAAUGAUGGAAAAUGCCAAGUGGAGGGAGGAGGAGAGAGCCAACAACCUCAGGAAGCACCGCAAGGAGGAGGAGCUGGAGAGGGAGCUGGAGAAACUCGACGCCAGGGAUGGGAAAUUCUUCCACCGUUUGAAGCUGGAGAGUGCCUCCACCUCCAGCCUGGAGGAUCGGGUCAAGCGCAACAUCCACUCCCUGCAGAGGACUCCUGCUGCCCUGGAAAAGAACUUUAUGCAGAGGUGAAGCCUGUCCUGCCCCUGGCGUGGGCAGGAGCUCGCUGGAUGUUGGUUCCCAGAGGUGAGAGCUCUCCAGGAACAAUUCCAGCUCCCAGAGAGGAUCCCGGAGCCGAGCGCUCGGGGCUCUGCGUCUGGGGCCUUUGUGUUCCACUCCCAACCUCCUACCAGAGCUUCUCCUCCUCUCCCCACCCCGACUGGUGUCACUUUUGUACAUUAUUACCAAGCUCUGCUGGCUGGUCACUGCUUCCUGCUGUGCCAGGGCCGAAGAUUAUUUUUGUUAAUCCUUAAAAUCCAGAGCAGAAGCGAUCCACACGUGGGGUAACCCCAUGGAAUUUGGGGUUACACGAACCCUGUCCCACACUGUCACCCCCACACCUCGCAGCGGGGUGUCUGUGGCUGGCAUUUGGUGGCUCGCAGAUUUAUCUCAUUGAUCUUUGACCCCAAAAGGAGCAGUUUCUGAGGAGGGGGGGGGGAAAAAGGGAAUGAGCAGAGCGUAGCUGGCACAGCAAACGUUUCUCUGGGAUUUUGUAAUGUAAGUAAUGUGUAUAUGUACAGCAGUGUAGAUUUAUUUUACCUUUUUAAUUAAGAAA